AUGGUCGAAGCCGGAGCACGCCAGCCCUGCAGUCCUAAACUCCUUGGCGAAAAUGCCAUGGUGUGCGUUUGCAACGCAACGUACUGCGAUACGGUGGACCCGCUCUCCCUCCCGGAGGUCGGCAACUUUGUCAAGUACACAACCAGCAAGGAGGGACAACGCUUGGAGCGGAGUGAAGGGCAAAUAGGAAAUGCCAGCUCAAGAACUUCAGGUGGGAUAUUCUACACCUACGACCCCUCCGUUCAGCACCAAUACGUCAAAGGCUUCGGCGGGGCGCUCACCGACUCAGCGGCCAUCAACAUCCUGCGUUUGUCUUACGGAGCCCAAAACCACCUUCUCCGCUCUUAUUUCUCGGACGAAGGUGAGGAAAUUGGGAAUGACCGCUUGGUGAAAUCUAGCAGCUCGGGGAAAGCUAGCACCCUGAGGCUCUUGUUCUGA